GAGGCGUUCAGCCGGCGGCGGGGCCGGCCGGUUCCGUGCUGGCACGCCCACCCGGUGCGGCGGCGGCGAGCUCGGUCGCCCGACGGGGACGCUCCCAUCCUCUCCCUCCCCGUAGUUCGGGUCGCCGCGGCCGUAACGGGCAGGGCUCGGGGCGCGACCGCACGCACCUGCUCGCGACCGCCAGGCCCUCAGCCCCUCUCCCGGACAACAGCAGCGCGCGGCCCGCACUCGCCGCGGCCCCGAAGGGAGCCCCUUCCCUUCACCCGCUGGGUGCUCCGCACCCCCCCGCCCCGAGCCGGGAUGUUCUCCAGGAAGGGCCACGCCGAUGUCAGGAAAUCCACACAGAAGGCGCUAGACCCGAAGCGCGACGUACUCACCCGCCUCAAGCACCUCCGCGCACUACUGGACAUUGUGGAUGGAAGUGACCUGAAGCAAUUUUUUGAGAACAAUUAUUCUCAAAUUUAUUUUAUAUUCUAUGAAAACUUCAUAACACUGGAAAAUAGCUUGAAACAAAAAGGGAAUAAAUCACAAAGGGAGGAGCUGGACUCCAUUCUCUUUCUUUUUGAAAAAAUAUUGCAACUACUACCUGAGAGGAUUUUUUAUCGAUGGCAUUUUCGCAGUAUAGGGUCGAUUCUGAAGAAACUUUUGCACACUGGCAAUUCUCUCAAGAUAAGAUGUGAAGGAAUCCGACUGUUUCUUCUCUGGCUUCAAGCGCUUCAGACUAACUGUGCAGAAGAGCAGAUAUUAAUAUUUGCAUGUCUUGUGCCUGGCUUCCCACCCAUUAUGUCCUCUCGAGGUCCCUGCACGCUAGAUAACCUCAUUAGUCCUCCUAAUUUGCCAGACGCCAAGAUUUUUCCAGAAGAAAUAACCCCACUUUUGCCAGCUGUCUCUGGAGAGAAAAUCGCUGAAGACCAAACGUGCUAUUUUCUCCAGCUGCUGUUAAAAUACAUGGUCAUUCAGGCUGCAAGUUUAGAGUGGAAGAAUAAGGAGAACCAAGACACUGGUUUUAAGUUUCUCUUUACCUUGUUUAGAAAAUACUACCUUCCUCACUUGUUUCCAUCUUUUACAAAGCUAACAAACAUCUACAAACCUGUUCUUGAUAUUCCUGACGUAAGGCCAAGGCCGGUGUACAUCACUGCAACACGAAACAAUGAAAGUGUCUAUAGCACAAAAAUCCCAUAUAUGGCAGCUCGAGUUGUUUUUAUUAAGUGGCUUGUUACCUUCUUUCUUGAAAAGAAAUACUUGACUGCUGUUCAGAGUACGAAAAACGGAGGAGAAAUGCUCCCUAAGAUUAUUCAGACUGUUGGUGCUGUAAACCAAGAUAAAAAUGUGGAGCUGGAGAGUGAUAUGUCUUAUGCAAGCGAGCAGGAGAGAAGCCACUCUAACAGCAGCACCUUGUCUGACAGAAGGCUCAGCAAUUCCAGCCUCUGCAGCAUCGAAGAGCAGCACCGGACUGUCUACGAGAUGGUGCAGAGAAUCCUCCUCUCCACUCGAGGAUAUGUUAACUUUGUUAAUGAGGUGUUUCGACAGGCUUUUUUAUUGCCACCUUCUGAUAUCUCUGCAACACGGAAAGUGGUUAAGGUGUAUCGGAAGUGGAUAUUGCAAGAGAAACCUGUGUUCAUGGAGGAGCCAGACAAAAAGGAAGACACUCAGGAUGCUGUAGUCAACUUAGAGGAUUCAUCAGUGCAGAUGGAUGGUAAACAUCUUACCUCUGACCAUUCGGGACAUAAGCGCUCAUCCAGCUGGGGCAGAACCUACUCCUUUACCAGUGCUGUUAACAGAGGCUGUAUAUUAGAAGAUGAGGACAAAAAUGUAAAAGCUGGUGCUCAAGCUGCAUUACAGGUAUUCUUGACAAACUCUGCGAAUGUGUUCUUACUGGAACCAUGCACUGAAGUCCCUGUGCUUCUGAAGGAGCAAGUAGAUGCUUGCAAAGCAGUCCUGAGUAUCUUUAGGCACAUGAUAAUGGAACUGUCAAUGAAUAAAAAGACAUGGGAACAGAUGUUGCAGAUACUCCUUAGAAUAACAGAGGCUGUGAUGCAGAAGCCAAAAGAAAGCCAAGUGAAGGAUACGUUCGCUCAGAGCAUGUCGGGGUUGCUGUUCCGAACCCUCAUUGUAGCUUGGAUCAGAGCCAACCUGAGUGUUUAUAUUUCUCGGGAGCUGUGGGAUGAGCUGCUCAGUGUUCUGUCUGCCCUGACGGACUGGGAGGAGCUCAUAAACGAGUGGGCCAAUAUCAUGGACUCUCUAACAGCGGUGCUGGCGAGAACCGUGUACGGGGUGGAAAUGACAAACUUACCCUUGGAUAAGCUCAGUGAACAGAAAGAAAAAAAGCAGCGAGGCAAAGGUGGCAUUUUAGAGCCUCAGAAGACAGCUGUAGUGGGAAGAUCUUUUUCAUUAAGCUGGAAAAGUCAUCCUGAAGUAGUGGAGCCAAUGAGAUUCAGAAGUGCCACAACUUCUGGAGCCCCAGGAGUUGAGAAAGCAAGAAAUAUCGUUCGUCAAAGAGCAACAGAAGUCGAAGAAUCUCAACAGCUGGAAAAUGCAACAGGGACAGAAGCUGUGGGCUUGUUUGCAGAUCAGGAACAGCAACUAACUCGAAGCAGCAGCACUUCAGAUAUUACAGAUCAGUUUCCAUCUGACUUUUUUCAAGGUAAAAAGGCUGGAAGUUCUCAUAAUUUAACUUCUUCAGACUCCAGAUCAGUUCAGGAAAAUAAGGGAUGUUCAAAGAAGGAACAUGAAGCCGAGCAAGUACUAAUACGAAGAAGUAGUAGUACAGCUGAAUUGGAUCUGAAGGCAGACCUGCAGCAGUCCCAUGGAAACUACAGAGAGAGAGAAAAAAGUGAAAGCGUUAGCAGCGACACCUCCAUUGGCUAUAAUAACGAGGUAGAGAUUGCGCUCAUACCCUGGCAAGCUUCUGAAGAUGAUCAGGAAGUUCAUGCCUCAGCAGAUGUUUGUGUGGAUCCUGAUGCACCUCCCUGGCUUCAGCUUAGUCCUUCAGAUACUGCAAAUUUAACAGACAGUAGUGAAUUCCUUGCUGAUGACUGCAGUAUAAUUGCUGGGGGAAGCCUCAUCGGCUGGCAUCCUGAUUCUGCUGCUGUGUUAUGGAGGAGAAUCUUGGGAAUUCUUGGCGAUGUUAACAAUAUACAGUCACCUAAAAUCCAUGCAAAAGUGUUUGGGUAUCUUUAUGAAUUGUGGUACAAACUCGCAAAGAUACGGGACAACCUCGCCAUAAGUGUGGACAAUCAGUCUACCCCCUCUCCUCCUGUCUUAAUUCCUCCUCUCAGAAUCUUUGCGUCAUGGCUGUUCAAGGCAACCACUCUGCCAAAUGAAUAUAAGGAAGGCAAACUUCAGGCAUACAGGCUGAUCUGUGCUAUGAUGACCAGGCGGCAAGAUGUGCUACCAAACUCUGAUUUCCUGGUUCACUUUUACUUUGUGAUGCACCUUGGCUUAACAAGUGAAGACCAGGAUAUCCUAAAUACAGUCAUAAAGCACUGCCCACCUUGGUUUUUCUUCCUGGCCUUACCUGGCUUUACGAUGCUGAUAGGAGACUUCAUCACAGCAGCAGCUCGUGUCCUGAGCACAGACACACUGGAGGCUCCCCGUUCAGAAGCUCACACCAUCCUUGGCUCUCUUGUUUGCUUUCCAAAUAUCUACCAGGAAAUCCCACUGCUGCGGCCCAUUUCAGAAGCUGGCGAGAUCGUGGCAGGAACUGCAGAUGUGAAGUGUUACCUCAUAAAUAUUUUACUGAAGAAUGCCACAGAGGAGCCAAGUGAAGCUGCAAGAUGCAUAGCUAUUUGUAGCCUUGGAGUUUGGAUAUGUGAAGAACUAACACAGUGCACAAACCACCCCCAAGUGAAGGAAGCGAUCAACGUCAUAGGUGUGACGCUGAAGUUUCCUAAUAAACUGGUAGCUCAGGUAGCCUGUGACGUUCUUCAGCUGCUGGUUUCUUACUGGCAAAAGCUUCAGAAGUACGAAUCAUCUCUAUCCAGAAAAAUUACUGAGAUCCUUGUGGCCACUAUUGCAUUUCUUUUGCCAAGUGCUGAAUACUCAUCAGUGGAAGCAGAUAAAAAGUUCAUAGUUUCACUGCUGCUUUGCUUAUUGGAUUGGUGUAUGGCAUUACCCAUGAAAAUGCUGCUGGAGCCAGCAUCUGCUGGUGUUCUUGAGGAUCAACAUGCGUCCAAAGCUCCUUUGCUGGACUAUAUUUACAGAGUUCUGCACUGUUGUGUGAAUGGCUCCAGCACAUAUACUCAGCAAAGCCACUAUGUGCUGAGUCUGGCGGAUCUCUCGUCCAGUGAUUACGACCCGUUUUUGCCACUGGGGAAUGUCAAGAGCUCUGAGCCAGCCCAGUGCCACUCCUCCACGGAUCUGGGCAACCUGCUCACUGUCGCUGAGGAGAAGAGGAGGAGGAAUUUGGAGUUGAUACCCCUGACGGCACGGAUGGUGAUGACUCACCUGGUGAAUCACCUGAGCCACUACCCGCUCAGCGGGGGCCCUGCCAUUCUGCACAGUCUCCUCAGCGAGAACCACGACAACUCCUACGUGGACUCCUCUGAGCUGUCCUCCGACGUCUUCCGCAGCCCCAACCUCCAGCUCUUCGUGUUCAACGACAGUACCCUCAUAUCUUACCUCCAGAUCCCCGCAGAGAAGAGGGCGGACGCUGAGGGAGCAGCCCCCUCGGACGUCAGGGUGAUUGUCAGAGAUAUCUCAGGGAAGUACUCUUGGGAUGGCAGGAUAUUGUACGGGCCUUUGGAGGGCUGCCUUCCACGGCAGAGCACAGCCAACACGUUUGAAAUCUCAGGCAACCCUGGGCACCACUUCAGUUCCCACACAGACAUUUCUCAGGUGGAAGAAGGAGAAGACGCUCUAGACCAGCUGCUGGAAAGGAUUGGUAACACCAGUCCCGAGUGCCUGCUGCAUCCCCAGCGAAGGCUGAACGAGCCGGCGCCGCCGCCCUUCGGUAUGAGCUGCGACGAAGAGGAUGCCAUCACCGAGGCCCUGCUGAGGCAGAGCGCCCAGGAAAAAGAGUAUAUCUUGAAGUCCAGCUCAGACUUGAGUAUGAAGGUGGCCUGUCAAGAAGAACCACGUCCUGCUGAACCUCAAGCGUCCUUUUAUUUCUGUCGGCUGUUGCUAAACGACUUGGGAAUGAACUCCUGGGACAGAAGGAAAAGCUUUCACCUUCUUAAGAAAAACUCAAAAUUACUGAGAGAGCUGAAGAACCUGGAUUCCCGCCAAUGCCGUGAGACACACAAGAUCGCAGUGUUUUACAUCGCAGAAGGGCAGGAGGACAAGUGUUCAAUACUGUCCAAUGCAAGGGGAAGCCAGGCCUAUGAAGAUUUUGUUGCUGGACUGGGCUGGGAGGUUGAUCUUUCCACGCACGGCGGGUUUAUGGGUGGCCUGCAGCGCAAUGGCAGCACAGGACAAACGGCACCCUACUAUGCUACCUCUACUGUGGAAAUCAUUUUUCAUGUGUCUACAAGAAUGCCAUCAGAUUCAGAUGAUUCCCUGACCAAAAAGCUCCGUCACUUGGGAAAUGACGAGGUUCACAUCGUCUGGUCUGAGCACACCAGGAACUACCGCAGAGGCAUUAUACCCACGGACUUCGGAGAUGUUUUAAUUGUUAUUUACCCGAUGAAGAAUCACAUGUUUUUCAUAGAAAUAAUGAAGAAGCCGGAGGUGCCAUUUUUUGGUCCUCUCUUUGAUGGAGCGAUUGUGACUGCAAAGCUGCUGCCAAGCCUCAUAUGUGCCACGUGCAUCAACGCCAGCAGAGCUGUCAAGUCACUCAUCCCUCUUUACCAGAGCUUCUACGAGGAGAGAGCUCUGUACCUCGAAGCAAUAAUCCAGAACCACAAAGAAGUCACCACGUUUGAGGAUUUUGCCGCUCAGGUCUUCUCUCCCUCUCCCAGCUACUCCCUCGGAGGAACUGGCUGCCUCACCACAAGUGCCAGCGCUGACCUGAGCGGCACCAUCGGGACAGAGCUGCCGGGCCAGACCUCGCCCAUGCUGCCGCCCGCCUGCAGGAGCCGUGUCCCUGGGAAGCUGCGCCGCUCCGCCAGCGCGCUCAGCAAAGCCUCCAGCUGAGCGCAGCCGCCGCCGGCCCCAGGAACGCAGCACGCCCGGGAGGGACACACGCGUCGUUUGCUGCCUCUCCGGGCCGUGCCGCUGAGGCCCAGCUGGCGCUGCCAGGGCUGGGCGACCGUGUGGCCACCACGCGCUGUGCCCGCCGCAGCUCUCCGGGCUGGCGGCGCGGGGCUGAGGGCAGCACGCACCACACGAGCCAGUGCCGAGACCACUUAUUUACUGUUACUCUAGAGCCUCGCUUUUAGUCAUUCCAGCCGACACUUCGCCGGGCACCGGGGAGUUCUGUGUAACAGAGGUUUCCGUAUGAGCAGUCACGUAACGAGCGUUCCAUCCUCGGGAAUGCCAGAGGUGCUUUCCAGGGGGUGUCUGCACCAGCUCCCCGCCAGUCCCUCUGGUCGUCCAGCGCCCGUUCUGGGUCAGUAACCGGCACCUGGAAUGCAGGAGGGCACUGUCAGCUUCACACAGUGCCAGCACCCGCGGGAGCGUCCCUGCAGUCACGGCACUUUGUUCGAGGUCGCCCGUCACCAUCCCGUGUGUCAGUCCCGAAGCCCAGCGCUCGAUCCCAUGGAGCGGGGCAGAGGACGAGGCCCCUCUCCUGGGCGGCAGUGGGGGCCGGAGCCAGCACCGCUCGGCAGCUCCUGCGCCUGCCGGCCCGGCCGUUCCCCGCCAGCGCCUGGCGCUUGUGCCUGAUGGAAGCCCCUCUCAGCUCUGCCUUGGGCCACGCACUGUGAACCCCCCACUGCAGGAACACACAGAACCAAACACCUUUCUGAAGAGCUGCACAUCUGCUGCCACUGCUGCUCACCACGGCUUGACUCGUUACACACCCCACCCUGCCACAACCCUGCCACAACGCCUGCACCCAGGCGUCUUGAGGUACAAUACAAUAAGUCUGAAGGCUUUGGAGGCCGUGCAGUGUCCUCCUGGCACUUCGUGUAGUAAGCAGAUCUUAUCUUUUCCAUAGGAAAUGUAUUUCAGUCAUGUGAAUCAUAGUUUUCUAGGGGUGGUAACUUUUUAUAGCUAAAAACUCCUGUACUGUAAGAGCAGAAGAAAUCCGAGGGACAUGCUGCUGCUGCUGGGUGGGAUGAGAGUGGCUGGAAAGCCCCUGUGCUGGGGGCUGCAGUGGGGGGGAGCUGAGCCACCGGCCGUCCUGGCUGUGGGGGCGAGGAGCUGGCUGCACAGCAGCCAGUGCUGUGUUAGCUCUGUCCUGUGGGUGUUUUGCCUGUUCUCAUGCAUGGUGUCAGACCCCCCAUCCUUCCUCAGGUCUGGGCGUAUUGCUGCUGCUUCUCCUGGUUUUCUGUUUGUUUCACUGCUCAGUAUCCAGCUCCCACCUCUCAGCCCAGUGUGACUGGGGUGAGGUGAAGGGGUUUCUGGUGCAGCCAAGUGCACCUCUGGGCCACCACUUCAUUAGUGUUUUGCACUUGUCCCUGGGGGCUGCGGUGAGCGAGUGUCUGCAGGCAGGGAGUGCUGCUCCAUGGGCACUGCCAGUGAGGCUGAGGCAGCGCUGGGCACCCCGGGGGCUGCCAGCCCUCCUGGAUGUGCCUCCGUGGCUGCAUGGCCUGGCCGCCCUCCUGUUUCUGCCCCACGGUUUGGGUUUGUCUUCUGCUGACUGUGUGUUGCUGAAUGAAAUUGAAAGAUAAACCACAUCCUUUAUUGUGUUCCCAGGACUGGGCAGGUGAGGCUGCCUUGUUGUCAGUUAUCCAGUAACGGGCUGAAGUGAUUUCAAAGGCAUUCCUCUGAAUCACCUGGGACGCUGCUCCUCGAGCAAUACGCAGCUCUGGUUCAGGGAGGGAUUAAAACACCGAUGCAAAAUGAAUUUUCCUGAUGUGAAAACCCUAAAGAUACGGAUUUGUACAACUUGGUCAGUGGUUUUGCAUGACAAAGCUGCUCCGUUAGCCCUCACACACCUCCCUCCCCUUCAGCAGGUGCUGGGAAUGUGGGGGCCCCCAGCCCCAGCCCUUCCUGCCACGCUGCCACCAACUGUGGGCUGAAAGGAAAGAAUGAUGGGGUUUGUUGGGCUCAAUUCUGCCCAGCUACUACUGAAAAUUGUGUGUCCAAGGAACAGCUUUGUGGCAAAAUAAGAGGUUUUCAGCCUCUGAGUCCAAAGAAUAAAAG